CACGUAAUUCCAGCAAACGUACACUAUUUUGCCGGUGUGGAAAACAACAUAAUUUCUGUGCUUGCAAAUACUACGGACAAAAAUGCCACUUCGUUUGGACAUCAAACGGAAAUUGUCAGCUCGAUCUGACCGGGUAAAAUGUGUAGAUCUCCACCCAACUGAGCCAUGGAUGUUGGCCAGUCUGUAUAAUGGCAAUGUUCACAUCUGGAACUAUGAAUCACAACAACUCAUCAAAUCCUUUGAGGUAUGUGACCUGCCUGUGAGAUCUGCAAGAUUUAUCCCAAGAAAGAACUGGAUUAUAACAGGAUCUGAUGACAUGACUAUCCGUGCAUUUAACUACAACACGCUAGAGAGAGUUCACCAAUUUGAGGCUCACUCUGAUUACAUACGGUCGCUUGCUGUCCAUCCAACACAACCUUUCAUCCUCAGCAGCAGUGAUGACAUGUUAAUCAAGUUGUGGGAUUGGGAAAAGAAGUGGACAUGUACACAGGUGUUUGAAGGACAUACUCAUUAUGUCAUGCAAAUUAUCAUCAACCCCAAGGAUAACAACACAUUUGCCAGUGGAUCUCUAGACAGAACUGUCAAGGUGUGGCAGCUGGGCUCCCCAACACCUAACUUCACUCUGGAAGGGCAUGAGAAAGGAGUUAACUGUCUAGAUUAUUACUCAGGGGGAGAUAAACCAUAUCUCAUCUCUGGAGCUGACGACAGACUUAUCAAAAUCUGGGAUUAUCAGAAUAAAACAUGUGUACAGACACUGGAAGGACAUGCUCAGAAUAUCUCUACAGUAUCCUUCCAUCCAGAACUACCUAUCAUCAUGACAGGAUCAGAGGAUGGUACAGUUCGUAUUUGGCAUGCUAACACCUACCGUUUGGAGAGUACGCUGAACUAUGGUCUAGAAAGGGUGUGGACUAUUGCCUGUCAGAAGGGGUCAAACAAUGUGGCUCUUGGCUAUGAUGAGGGCAGCAUAAUCAUUAAGCUUGGAAGAGAGGAACCAGCUAUGUCAAUGGACAGUAGUGGAAAAAUCAUCUGGGCCAAACACUCUGAGAUACAGCAGGCCAAUAUCAAGGCCAUCAGUGAUACAGAAAUCAAAGAUGGCGAGCGAUUACCUCUAGCUGUUAAGGACAUGGGAAGCUGUGAGAUAUACCCACAAAAUGUAGCCCACAAUCCCAAUGGAAGGUUUGUAGUAGUUUGUGGAGAUGGUGAAUACAUCAUAUAUACAGCUAUGGCUCUGAGAAACAAAAGCUUUGGGUCUGCGCAGGAAUUUGUAUGGAGUAACGACUCGUCAGUCUAUGCUACCAGAGAGAGCACCAGUAUGGUUAAAAUAUUCAAAAAUUUUAAGGAGCAAAAAUCCUUCAAGCCCGACUUUGGGGCAGAAGGAAUAUAUGGUGGUUACAUGCUUGGUGUUCGUUCUGUCAGUGGUCUGGCUUUCUAUGAGUGGGACUCCACCGAUCUCAUUAGAAGAAUUGAAAUCACACCAAAAUUUGUGUCUUGGAGUGAGAACGGUGAGCUGGUAUGUAUCUGUACAGACGACUCCUUCUUCAUUCUAAAGUACAACGCUGAGGCUGUGGAGAAAGCUAAAGAACACAAGGAGGACAUCACUGAGGAUGGAAUUGAGGAGGCAUUUGAUGUUGUCGGAGAGAUUGAAGAGACAGUGAAGACUGGUAUCUGGGUUGGAGACUGUUUUAUAUACACCAACAGUGUCAACCGACUCAACUAUUACGUGGGCGGAGAGAUUGUCACAGUUGCUCAUUUAGAUAGAAUGAUGUAUCUCUUGGGUUACAUACCGAAGGAUAACAGACUAUACCUCGGUGAUAAAGAACUAAAUGUUGUCAGCUAUUCUCUCUUACUAUCGGUACUCGAGUACCAAACUUCUGUGAUGAGGCGAGACUUUGAGACAGCAGAUAAAGUUCUGCCUACUGUUCCCAGGGAACAUCGAACAAGGGUUGCCCACUUCCUGGAGAAACAGGGAUUUAAAUCACAAGCACUAGCUGUAACUUGUGACUCUGAACAUAAGUUUGAACUUGCUGUACAACUAGGUGAUCUGAAGAUUGCAUACCAAAUAGCUAAAGAAUCAGAGGCAGAACAAAAGUGGAAACAGCUGGCAGAGUUGGCAAUCAGCAAGUGUGAGUUUGGACUGGCCCAGGAAUGUUUACACCAGGCACAGGACUUUGGUGGCCUCCUUCUCCUUGCAAGCUCUGCUGGUAACAGUCAAAUGGUGGCCAGACUUGGUGAAACUGCAGCAAAUGCUGGACAGAAUAAUGUUUCCUUUAUUUCAAACUUUGUUCUGGGAAGACUUGAGGAAUGUUUAGAAGUAUUGAUCAGGACGGAGCGGAUACCAGAGGCAGCUUUCUUCGCUAGGACAUACCUACCCAGCCAAGUGUCAAGGGUUGUGGAGCUUUGGAGGGAGCAGUUGUCCAAAGUAAAUCAGAAGGCUGCUAGUUCGUUGGCAGAUCCUGGAGAGUACGAAAACCUGUUUCCAGGUUUAAAGGAUGCUUUAAAGACAGAACAAUAUUUAAAGCCGCAGCGAUCCCAACUUCUUCCAGCCAACAGCUACACAAGUGUCCCGCCUAACACUAGUCGUGUCCCAGUCGAUGAGAUGACUCAGGCUGAAGAGAGAGGUGCCUUCAACUUCACACCUAGUGGAGCACAAGAUGAAGAUGAAGAGUUUGAGGAAGCAUCAGCUCCUGAUCAACAGCAGGAACCAGUAGCAGCCAAGGUGGUGAAAGAAUCCUCACAGCAGCCUGCUGAUGCUCCUACACAAGGUGGACAAUUAUCAAGUGCUGACAUGGCUGACAUUGAACAGGAAUUAGAACUGGACUUAGAAAAUCUGAACAUAGACAACAUUGAUACAACGGCAGUAGAUGACAAAGAAAUACCCAAUGAGGAGGAUGUGAAUUUAGACGAAGAGUUUCUUGAAGAUUGAUGGAGCUGUACCAUAUACAACCAUAGUGUGAUUUAUAUAGACUGGGAUCACGGCAAUGUAUACAGGCUGGAUAACAUCUCCUUGACACUUGGCAAGUCAUACAAAUUGUCUUCAGAUAUUCAGAUGGUUUGUGGAACAAUGACUCUGUAUUUGUCUCUGUAGAACUUCCUUGUUAGAUGGAUGUGUCUGUGAACAUGACUUUGUUGGAGGGAAUAGUUUUCAGACCAGGCAGCACAAUUUCGGAAAAUAACAGUAUUUCAAGAUGAGGAAGUUUCACACCAGACUUUACUUAGGAAUGAUAUAAAUUAUAAUUUACACUUUAUCCCACACAAUUAGCCAAAUCCAGACAAGGCUUACUCCAAGUAAUAAUGUCUGUAAAAUAUGCAAGUCUGCAACUCAGUAGAAUAUUUCUUAAAAUUAUGCCUGGAUUAUUUUUUGGUGAUUUCUUUUUGCAAUUGUGUCAGUAAAUGCUGACUGUGUCUUUAUUACCAGAUACUGCCACAGGCAGUUUGAUUAUAUAUAUCUCAAAUCUGACAUAACAAUGAAGAAGAAUAUGUAACUUCUACUGUUUUAUGAUUCCACUAGUUUUCACAGUUAGAGGCAGAUAAAAUCAUCUACAGAACGUUAUUGAAAUUGUGUUUUAAGGUUUUGAUGUAAGGUAAUUGAGAUUGUACGAGGUACAAAAUAUCAUUUUACUGGUUGAAACUGGUUUAAAUCCAAUUGUGGGAGUUGAAAUUGAAUGAAAGUGCUCUGUCUUUUAAUAUCAUGAAGAUAAUGAUGUUUAUUUUUAGUUUAAGGCAGUAAAAGUGAAAGUGAAAGUUGCAUAAUUUGCUGCUCCUGUUAAGGUCAUGUUAUGUGUACUUUGAUUCAGUCAAUGAGAAAAGGAGAGUGGUCAUGUAAAUAAAUAUAAACGUGACUAAAAAAUAUAAGAAAGUGGCUGUCUGAUGUAUAUUGUAUUUAACUGUACAUAACACUUACCAUCUUUCUUGAUGGUUGACUGAUAAUAUUAUUUAUAUUGUUCAAAAGAUGCAGUUGAAGUUUGAAGGGUAUGAAGUUAAAAACAGAGUGUUUAAGAUAUUUAAACUAUUUCAUCGUACUUAAUGUACUACAUUAUAUAUUUCUUUUUGUUCUUGGUUAAUGGAAGUGCUUUGUAAAAUGAGCAGUAUAAUGUAAUAUUGGGAGGAUCCAAUGCACUGACUAGAAAUAAUGAUUUUUUCUGUCAAACGAAUAAUUAUAAUGGAUCGAAAUUACAAAAUAUGUACCAGGUUUUGAAGUUUGAUAUACAUAAAUGUGUGCAUGUGAAUUUCACAGAUACUAAGUUUUCUGUCAGGUUUUUUUUUGAAUUCCACAGUAUCAAAGUUAUACAAAAUGACACAUUGUGUGUUGAUUCUUUGGAAGUGAGAAUGUGUAUGGAUGGGGAUGUAUAAAGUGAAGGGGUCAGAAAGUUAAUGUAUGGAUGAAUAAAACAACUUUAAUAUAGAA